AUGGCACCUCAUAAACCUUUUUCUUGCCAACUUUGUAAUAAUUCAUACUCUUCGAAAUUAUCAUUGAGCCGUCAUGAAAAUACCAAACAUAAUAUGAACCGCAUUGUUCCACAUCACCAACAUUUACCUGUAAUAUCUGAGGGAAUUAUUAAUCACUUUCGUGCUGUGCUUCUUCAGGAUAUUAAUAGUAAAUUAGGCUUUCAUCGAACAAAUGAAGGUCUAAAACAUAUUCAAUGGAGUUUUCCAGAAAGGCAAAAUGGAUAUAACCGAAUAGGAACAAUAUUGGGAUGUCAGUGCUGGGGAAAAAGAAAAAAUGAAAUUGGAUGUGAAACCUAUGUUGUAGUUGAAGAAAAGGAUAAUAAUGGUAGUCUUAUUGAAAAAAACAUAGAGUUUAUUUGGCGAGAAAAAACAGUUACAAAACAA